AUGAGCGAGACGCACGGCCGGGCUUUUGCACUGACGAUCUCAGUGUUGAUGGUGGUCACCGGGUCGCUGAACACCAUCUGUGCAAAAUGGGCAGACAGUUUGAAAGCUGAAGGAGUAGCGUUCAAUCAUCCAUUUUUACAGGCCACCUGUAUGUUCUUCGGAGAAUUUAUGUGCUUAGCUGCUUUCUUCAUCUUGUAUCAUUACAAGAAAUACAAGUGGAACAGAGCUAAUAUUUCAGGAGAUGGUGGUUCUAUCACUGACAUAACCUCGGAUACCGAACCGCAAUUGCCGCAGUUUAACCCGCUUGUCUUCCUACCGCCAGCCUGCUGUGAUAUCCUCGCCACUUCUAUUAUGUAUAUUGGGCUCAAUCUUACCACGGCUAGCAGUUUUCAAAUGCUCAGAGGAGCUGUCAUUGUUUUCACUGGACUUUUAUCUGUCGGAAUGCUCGGUACGCGCAUACAGGGGUACAAGUGGAUUGGAAUGAUUCUCGUCAUCCUUGGUCUGGUAGUUGUAGGAGUGACAGAUAUUAUUUAUGAUGAUGAUCCACUGGAUGAUAAGAAUGCUAUAAUCACUGGUAACCUUCUAAUUAUUAUGGCGCAAAUAAUUGUAGCCAUCCAAAUGGUCUAUGAGCAGAAGUAUCUGAACCAGUAUGAUGUUCCAGCCCUUUUUGCUGUUGGACUUGAAGGACUCUUUGGCAUGACAAUUUUAUCCGUACUAAUGGUACCGAUGUAUUAUAUCCAUGUACCGCACACUUUUUCUACCAACCCCGAAGGUCGUCUUGAGGAUGUGUUCUACGCAUGGAAAGAGAUUUGCGAACAACCCUGGAUUGCUGUGGCUUUAGGCGGAACCAUCAUUAGGUGGCCUUUUUUAACCUUCCUAUUGUUUUUCUUUCUUUAG